UUUAGGGUGGGAUGGAUUGGGAGAGGAACUGUGCCGAAGUCGUGGCGAGGGGUUGUGAAGAGCGAGAGAGGAGCGAUGGAACCCUCGUCUACCGCGCCGCCGACAGAGACGACGCCGGUGACGGCGAUGGCAUCGGCGAUACCUGUAGAAGAAGGCGUGGAGGAGAUGACACUGACGGUGAAGUGGAACGGCAAAGAGUAUAUCAUUCGUGUUUGCGGCGACGACACUGUCAGCGAGCUCAAGCGCCGUAUCUGUGAGGUUACUACGGUUCUCCCCAAGCGCCAGAAGCUCUUGUACCCUAAGCUGGCGUCGAAGCUUGGGGAUGACUCCAUUCUUCUCUCUCAACUCCCUCUCAAACCCUCCGUCAAGAUGACUAUGAUCGGAACGGUGGAAGAUGAAAUUUUUGUGGAUCAAGUGGACUCGCCGGAGAUUGUGGAUGAUUUUGAGCUGGGUCAGGAGGAGGUUGUUGAUAUCAAAGAUAAGCAUGUGAAUAAGAUGAAAUUGAAGCGGCGUGUCAGCCAGUAUAAGAUCAAACUUUUGAAUCCCUGUCGAGAAGGAAAAAAGCUUUUGGUUUUGGACAUUGAUUACACCCUAUUUGAUCACAAAUCCCCGGCUGAGAACCCACUUGAGCUCAUGCGUCCAUAUCUCCAUGAAUUCCUAACUGCUGCCUAUGCAGAGUAUGAUGUCAUCAUAUGGUCUGCAACUAGUAUGAAAUGGGUAGAAUUGAAGAUGGGACAACUUGGAGUCUUGAGCAACCCUAAUUACAGAAUUACUGCUCUUCUAGAUCACUUGGCUAUGAUAACAGUUCAAUCUGAUUCUAAUAAGACCUUUGAUUGCAAGCCACUUGGUCUUAUAUGGGCUCUGCUUCCCGAGUUCUACAAUGAAAAGAAUACCAUCAUGUUUGAUGAUCUUAGAAGGAACUUUGUGAUGAAUCCACAAAAUGGUCUUACCAUUAGACCCUUCAGGAAGGCCCAUUUAAACCGUGGUAGUGAUCAAGAACUUGUAAAAUUGACCCAAUAUUUGUUGCCCAUAGCAGAGCUUCCUGAUCUGAGUUCACUUGAUCAUAGCAUGUGGGAGUUAUACACAGAAGCUAAUGCCAAGAGGCGCAGGCAUAGCUGAAAGCAUCACCUUGCAUAGUGCUCCUCUUUGAUCUGACCUGUAGUUUUCCCGCGAUGUUUUGAGCUUAUAUAAAGUCAGCACCAAGGGUACCUUUUCAAGGUUUAUAAAUUUCGGGAGUUCACAGACAACUCCUCAUCUCUCGCAUAUACCUGUUCAUGCUGUCAUUUCCAUCAUGGAAACAAUUUGCAAUUGUUUUGUUCUUUCUAUGCUUGCAUAACCAAUAGGUUUGCAGUUGCUAAUGCUGUGUAUGAUAAAUGUUGCAAAAUGAUAGUUCAUAUGAACCAAAUAUGUUAGGUGAGUGGUUGCUUUGGGCUUAAAUGAAUUUUGGGAUUUUUAAUUCCCCCUAUGAUAUAGCAUAUGGUAUUGUUAACA